AUGAGCUUUUUGAUUUUGAUUUUGGUUAUAAGUAGGCUUUGUAUUAAGGUUUUCGGAUUAUUUGAAUGUUAUUUUAAUUUGGAUGGAUUUGUAUUUAAUUUGACAGGAUUGGAUUAUACAUAUUAUGUAACGAAUUUUUAUAGAUUAGAAACAGAGCAAGUAAAUAUGACAUGGACUAUUAGUCUAUGUAAAGGAAUCAAUUCAGAGAUUUUUGGAGGAGGUGGUUAUUGUAAAAAAGAUUCUCGAAUAUGUAGUGUUAAAAAAGUUAUUUCUGGGGAAGAGGAAAGGGUAGAAGAAGUGAAAGGACUUUAUUUUGACUUUGAUAAUAAAUAUUUGACGGAUAGUGGAUUUGAAGUGAUAUUUCAUAAUAAUCGAGUUAGAAAAAGUAAUUUAUCAGCAAUUAUUCAUUUUAUUUGUGAUGAAGAAGAACAUAAUCCAAGAUUGAUUUUUUAUAAAUAUUCUAUGCUUUGGUUGGAAUGGAAGACAAAUUUUGCAUGCAAAAACAUAGAAACUGAGAAAAAAAGGAAUGAUGGAUCUAUUUUUUCUUUUUUUAUAUGGCUAAUGAUUAUUUUCUUUUUAAUUAUUUUAUCUCUUGUUCUUUUUCACCUAUAUUUCAAUUACAGAUAUUAUGGUUCCUUAGAAAUCGAUUUAUUUUCAUACAUAGAAAUGAUCAAAAAUAUGAAAUAUUUUCUUAAAGAUUUUACAUCAAAGGCAAUUGUUUAUAUUAAGAGUUUAGGAAAUUCAUUUCAAGGAGGUUAUACUCCUAUUUAA